AUGAGUGUCUAUUUGAGCGUUUUGUUCGGAGUGCUAACUUUCGAAAUGGCAUGUCUGUUCACACUGGUGCUACCGCUACAUUAUAAACUUCGCAAAGCGUUGGUGACCAGCUAUUUCCGGUUCGUCAGCUACACGCAGGUGAAAACGGUGAUUUUCAUAGUGCAGGGACUCGUAGGACUGCUUUUCGUGGAUUCGUGGAAAAGGUCCCAGAUAUCUGUAUUUCUACACCAUCACCAGGCCACGUCUGGAGCGGACCCUAACGCCGUGGGUAAUGUCACACCCGUCCAAGCUUUGGCCUCCAGAGCGUAUAAUCAAAGAAAUAUCUACAUUUCCGGGUUUAUACUAUAUUUCUGGUUCUGCAUUCCUGUAGUGAUCAGCGUGGUGAGAAGACUGGUAAAGUACGAAACUCUGAUCCGGGAAAGCGCCAGUUCUGAGAACGAUGCCAAAGCGGACUCCGAAAAAUCCUCUGACGACGAUGAGAUUUCAGCUCUUCGGAAAGAGCUCAAGGAAAAAAAGGCGUCCAUUAGUGCCCUACGCUCGCAAAAGGCUAAUUUAGAGGCACACUACGACAAGACCGUGGUUCCCAAGCUAGACAAAGAAGCAUCAUCCGGGGAGAAAAAGAGCAACUAA